CGCCAUUAAUUUUGUACAUUGAUCACAUUUCCCCCUCGCUUCUAUUAUGGAGUUACUAGAUGCCGUUGUUCUCCUCUUCGCCUUCCUCUUUUUCUCCUUAUGGUGGCGUUAUUGGUCUGCCACGGGCGGCGGGUCCAAGAAUCUUCCGCCGGGGCCACCGGGCUGGCCGAUCGUCGGAAACCUAAUCCAAGUCAUUCUCCAGCGUCGUCCAUUCAUCUUCAUAGCACGCGAUUUACGUGAAAAAUACGGUCCCAUUUUCACCAUGCAAAUGGGGCAACGCACACUCAUUAUUGUGUCCAGUGCCGAACUCAUUCACGAAGCUCUCGUGCAACGUGGUCCCUUAUUCGCCAGCCGUCCUGCCGACUCUCCCAUCCGCCUUGUCUUCAGCGUCGGCAAAUGCGCUGUCAACUCCGCCGAAUAUGGCCCUCUCUGGCGAACGCUCCGCCGCAACUUCGUCACAGAGUUGAUCAACCCUGCGAGAAUCAAGCAAUGCAGUUGGAUAAGAAAGUGGGCCAUAGAAAGCCAUCUCGAAAGGCUAAUGAAAGAGAAUUCAGAGAAGGGAUUCGUGGAGGUUAUGAGCAAUUGUCGGUUGUCAGUGUGUAGUAUUUUGAUCUGCAUAUGCUUUGGAGCCAAAAUCCCCGAGCAAGAGAUUAAGGUUAUAGAGAGCAUACUAAAGGAUGUGAUGCUGAUUACAUUGCCGAAGCUUCCAGACUUCUUGCCGAUUCUUACGCCUUUGUUUCGACGGCAGCUGAAGCAGGCGAAGGAGCUGAGGAAGAAACAGUUGGAGUGCUUGAUUCCGUUGAUAAGGAAGAGGAGGAUGUUUGUGGAGAGGAAUGGGGAUGAGAGUGUGAGGGAGGAGUUGCCGGAGAUGGUUAGUCCGAUCGGGGCGGCGUAUCUUGAUUCGCUUUUUGAACUGGAAACCCCGGGACGAGGGCGGUUGGGGGAGGAGGAACUGGUGACGCUUUGUUCAGAGGUUAUUAAUGCUGGAACUGAUACGAGCGCGACGGCUUUGGAGUGGGCUUUGCUUCAUUUGGUGCAAGAUCAAGAUGUUCAGGAAAGACUAUACAACGAAAUUAUUAACGUUGUGGGUAAAGAUGGGUUGAUUACCGAAGGCGACAUAGAGAAAAUGCCAUAUUUAGGGGCCGUGGUAAAAGAGACUUUCCGGCGACACCCACCAAGCCAUUUCUUACUAUCACACGCGGCAACCAAAGAAACAGAGCUCGGCGGGUACACAAUCCCGGCGGACGCCAGCGUGGAGUUUUACACGGCCCAUUUAUCUGACGACCCGGACACGUGGGAAGAACCGGGUUCAUUCCAACCGGACAGGUUCUUGGAAGGCGACGGCGUUGGCGUGGAUGUGACUGGAACUAAGGGCGUCAAGAUGGUGCCGUUCGGGGCUGGGCGACGGAUCUGUCCGGCUAUGACAUUGGGCACGUUGCACGUGCACAUGAUGCUGGCAAAAAUGGUGCACGCUUUCAAGUGGGUCCCGGUUCCCGGAGCCCCGCCCGACCCAACCGAGACUUUUGCCUUUACGGUGAUUAUGAAGAAUCCACUGAAGGCUAUCUUAUUGGACCGGACCGGUUUAUGAAGCGAUGAAGGGUUAAAUAUUAAGGUGGGUUUGAUAGGAAGGAAAACAGCCACUAUUUGUGGGAAAGGCUAUAACUUUAGUCUUUGUUUAAUUUUGUCAUACUAUUUUCAAUAUAUGUAUACUAUUAAAUGGAGUUAUUGCUUGUUGAUUUCUAUUUGUAUUUACCCAAAACUGCAUAGAUCUUUCGUGUCCUUGUAUAAUAAAGCUUGUUCUAUUUUUAUCUUUUUUGA